AAGAUGGCACCUUAUCGUCUCCUCCCUUUCCUCCUCCUGUUGCUUCUAUCGUCCUCCACGGCGUUCCAAUCCUCCUCAUACACACCUCACCGCAGCCUUAUCCUAGUCCAGCAACAGCCCCUCAUUCUUCGCUACCACAACGGCCCCCUUCUCAAAGGCAAUCUCACCCUGCACAUCCUCUGGUACGGCAAAUUCACGCCAUCCCAACGCGCUGCCAUAUCCGACUUCAUUGUCUCUCUCUCUCCAUCUUCCAAACUCCCUCCUCCCUCCGCCGCCUCCUGGUGGGCCACCACCGCCGCUUACCCUGGCGGCGCGGCCGUCAUCUCCAUCGGCCACGAAAUCCUCGACACCUCCUACUCCCUCGGCCGUUCCCUCACCACCGCCUCCCUACGCCGCCUUGCUCGCCGCGCCGCUGGUGGUCCCAUCAAGAACGCCAUCGCAGCCGUCUUCACCUCUGCAGACGUCGCCGUCGAUGGCUUCUGCAUGAGCAGUUGCGGGGUCCACGGUGCGGCGCGAAACAGCGGGGUGAAGUUUCCUUAUCUUUGGGUGGGUAACGCAGCAGUGCAGUGUCCGGGGCAGUGUGCGUGGCCGUACGCCUUGCCAGAGUACGGGCCCCCGGGGGCGGCGCCGCUGGUGGCGCCGAGCGGGGAUGUGGGAGUGGAGGGGAUAGUAAUUAAUUUGGCGACGUUGAUUGCGGGGGUUGUGACAAACCCAUACGGCAGAGGCUACUUUCAGGGUCCGGCGGCUGCACCGCUGGAGGCAGUGACGGCGUGUACGGGGAUAUUUGGGAGUGGGGCCUACCCUGGGUAUCCGGGAAAGGUGCUGGUGGAUACGAAGAGUGGGGCGAGCUAUAAUGCGCGGGGGGUGAAUGGGAGAGAGUAUUUGUUGCCGGCGAUGUGGGACCCGAAGACUUUCAAUUGUGCUACGCUCGUUUAAUCUUUUUAUUUAUUUACUUAAUUGCUGCUUUAGUUUUAUGUUUUUUUUUUUUGUUGAUUAUAAAUUGUGAAAAGUGGGCUGAUGAAUCGGAGUUGUUGUGAAUGCCGUUUAUGUUUUGUAAAAUAUUCCUUUUAAAGAUAUAUGAAAUACAAAUAUAUACUUGUUUCUA